GUACUCUCAGUGUCCACACCGGCGGCUAAGAUGGCGUCCCUUGUGACCAGCAACGCUAACACUGUUCUGCAGUUGAAGCUUCACCUGAAUCAUGUUUUGCGAAUAAUAAAUGAGUAUCGGUGGAUCAUCGAGGCAUAUGUUUCGGAUUUUUUUGUAGAACGGCAUUGGGAUAGACUUCCACUCCUUUGGCAGCAGUACCUACAGAACAUUGAAUUCUCCCAACUCUCCUGUCUGCUUACAGGGAAACCCUGGCAUUGCUUUCCACCAUUUCACAGGGUAUGUCCCCUUUCGCUGUUGGCUCUGAAAGUCUGCAUACACAGAUAUUCACUAGACCGACACUAUGUAGAUGUGGAGAAUCCUUAUGUUUUGUCAUCCUUGGCAUCUGCUUUUAAAGAACAAUGCUACACCAGUUCCAUGUCAAAAGAUAGUGCAGUUUCUUCAGGGGCUGCGUGUUCUUCUGCAUCAACAGAUAUGUAUUUGGAGAGAACACCAAAGUUUAAAAAUGGACAGCUGAUGGAAAUGAAGCACAUUUUUAGGAAACAUGUGAAGCCUAAGAAGCAACAUGAAAUCCAAAAUCUAAGCAAAGUCAUAAAAUGGUUGUGUGGUCAGAGCCAUAGUCACCAUGUAGUUGAUGUUGGAGCUGGGCUGGGUCAUCUUUCUCGUCUUUUGACCUUUGGCUAUAACUUAAAAGUCACAACUUUAGAAGCAGCUGAUGGAUUCAAGUCCAAAGCUAGUAAAUUUGACUGGGAACUUGAGAAAGACAUUCUAAAAAACAUAAAGCGCACUAACCACAUUGCAAACUCCAAAGAAGUCUUUGUCUCAUCUGCUUUGCCUGAACAUAUUUCCUGUACUGUACAACCUAGUAUCUCAACAGAGGAAUUUUUGCAUCUAGUUAGCAGCUGCAGUACACAGUUAUUCACAGAAAAUGGAUCCACUGGUUUAUCUGCCUCAAGCACAGAACUUGAGAACAUUGCCUCUGGAAGUCAAGCAAAGAGAGAGAGGCAGCAGGUAGAGUGCAUGAAUGUUGAUGCAGGACAUCAGUUUAAAUUGAGUACAGACAGGUGUGAGGACAGUGAUGGCACUGUCAUUCAAGUUUUACAGGCCUCUUCAGCAGUUGUACAGAGUGUGGAAGAACACUCUGUAACAACAGGCAUUAAUAAUGAAGAAACUUGUAGUAUUCAUCAAGAGAAUGUAGUUUCACACACAACCAUGUAUAAACAUUUAAACAGACCAACAAUACCAGAGAUAGAGUAUAAGCAGACUUUAUCAAAACACGAAAAGACUGAUCUUGAGAGGACAGAUGGGGACAACAGGCUUGUGCUAGCAGGCUUGCAUGCCUGUGGUGAUUUGACUGCAGUCCUGCUGAGAGUGUUUGCAACCUGUGAUGCUGUAGUUGCACUGGCUUCUGUUGCUUGCUGUUAUAUGAAACUAUCCUGUCAGAGCAAACAAACACAGGUUGAACAGCUGGAACAUGGAUAUCCUUUGAGUCAGUACCUGCAGGGUCUAGCAAAUAAUUCCCUGACUUAUGAGACUCGAGAAUUAGCUUGUCAUUUUGCAGACACAUAUGCACAAAGACUUCUUGACAACCCUCCUCAUCUUAAAGUUCAUGCAUACAGAGCAGCAAUGCAGCAUGUGAUCAUGCAGAUGAAGCCUGAGUUUAAGACCGGAGAUAUACGUCUGGUUAUUAAAGCUGGAGCUGAGCUUUCCUUCUUUGAAUACGCUUGCUCGAUGUUUAAGGAAAGUGGGUAUUGACUUGCUGCAAGUGCCAAAAGAUCUUUUGUUAGAAGGGGAAUUGUUGACCACACAAUGGCGCCUUGUCGUAGCAUUCUACACACUUCGUCUCAGCCUCGCCCCCCUUAUAGAAACGGCUAUACUGCUUGAUCGCAUGCUGUUC